AUGGUUCUGGUACCCAUGGUGAUGGUAGAUUUGGUGAUGGUAGGAGGGGCUAUGAUAAACAUGAUGAUGGAACACUUGCUUCGGAGAGCCAUGUUGGUGGUACCAAGGAUCCUGAGGAGAUGGGUCUUGGUAGACGUGGUUCUGGUUGGAGGGUUGGAGAGACUGUUGCUCAUAACCUGGGUGGUAACUGAAGGAGCCACCAUUGGGUUUAUCGUCUUGCUGCAAAAUGUUGAUAUCAAUUUGGUUGGGCUACCACCAUCAACCAGAAAAAGGAUCAAGAAAUGUACGAAGGUCGAAAAGAAGUUUAAUAAACUGCAAUGUGAAUGUGAUGAGUAUCCGGAGGUAGAGUCCCGCACACUCCCUGAGGAGAUCGUCCCCCACAAAACACUUGAGACACUUGAGGCACUUGACACACUUGGGGCACUUAAGGAGAUUGUCCCCCACAAAACAUGUUACCUAGGUGAUGGGGCUGACUACCGUGGCAACGUUAACAUCACAGCUGGAGGAUACACGUGUCAAAGCUGGUCCCAUCAACUCCCACACUACCACAGUCGGACUUCAUACAACUACCCCAACAGUGGUUUGGGCGACCAUAAUUUCUGCAGAAAUCCUGAUUUAGAGGCGUCACCAUGGUGUUACACAACGGAUCCUGAUCACAGAUAUGAUUUCUGUAGUAACAUUGGGAAGUGUCCUGAUGAAUAUGAUUACGAAUGUCAACAGGGGGCAGGCUACUUGUACAAGGGGGAUGUGAUGAAAACGGUGGAUGGGCUAGUCUGUGACUUGAGCUUGGAAAAAACAACCACUACUCUCAACUGUUUGGAGGGAAAUGGAGUUAGCUACAUUGGAAAUGUCUCCAUUACUGAAGGUGGGUUCCAAUGCCAGGAGUGGAGCAAACAAUACCCUAGCCCUCAUACUUAUCACGGUCUGGGAGAACACAACCACUGCAGGAAUCCUAGUGGGCUAGAAGCCAGGCCGUGGUGCUACAUCACUCACCCCGACCGGUCGACCCAGUGGGACUUCUGUGAUGUUCCGGUGUGUAACGAAGACCUGAAAGAGGAACGAACCAUCACCUACCACGCAAACAGAUGUGGUAAUUCUCCACAUGAUGACCACAUGCCAGGGGCUUGGUGUCGUAGCUCAACAAAUAAAAAAACAGUUUGCGCUGUCCGCCAGUGUACUGAUAUGAUUCUUGAGGCACUUGAGGCACUUGAGGCACUUGAGGCACUUGAGACACUUGGGGCACUUAAGGAGAUUGUCCCCCACAAAACAUGUUACCUAGGUGAUGGGGCUGACUACCGUGGCAACAUUAACAUCACAGCUGGAGGAUACACGUGUCAAAGCUGGUCCCAUCAACUCCCACACUACCACAGUCGGACUUCAUACAACUACCCCAACAGUGGUUUGGGCGACCAUAAUUUCUGCAGAAAUCCCGAUUUAGAGGCGUCACCUUGGUGUUACACAACGGAUCCUGAUCACAGAUAUGAUUUCUGUAGUAACAUUGGGAAGUGUCCUGAUGAAUACGAUUACGAAUGUCAACAGGGGGCAGGCUACUUGUACAAGGGGGAUGUGAUGAAAACGGUGGAUGGGCUAGUCUGUGACUUGAGCUUGGAAAAAACAACCACUACUCUCAACUGUUUGGAGGGAAAUGGAGUUAGCUACAUUGGAAAUGUCUCCAUUACUGAAGGUGGGUUCCAAUGCCAGGAGUGGAGCAAACAAUACCCUAGCACUCAUCCUUAUCACAGUCUGGGAGAACACAACCACUGCAGGAAUCCUAGUGGGCUAGAAGCCAGGCCGUGGUGCUACAUCACUCACCCCGACCGGUCGACCCAGUGGGACUUCUGUGAUGUUCCGGUGUGUAACGAAGACCUGAAAGAGGAACGAACCAUCACCUACCACGCAAACAGAUGUGGUAAUUCUCCACAUGAUGACCACAUGCCAGGGGCUUGGUGUCGUAGCUCAACAAAUAAAAAAACAGUUUGCGCUGUCCGCCAGUGUACUGAUAUGAUUCUUGAGGCACUUGAGGCACUUGAGGCACUUGAGGCACUUGAGACACUUGGGGCACUUAAGGAGAUUGUCCCCCACAAAACAUGUUACCUAGGUGAUGGGGCUGACUACCGUGGCAACGUUAACAUCACAGCUGGAGGAUACACGUGUCAAAGCUGGUCCCAUCAACUCCCACACUACCACAGUCGGACUUCAUACAACUACCCCAACAGUGGUUUGGGCGACCAUAAUUUCUGCAGAAAUCCCGAUUUAGAGGCGUCACCUUGGUGUUACACAACGGAUCCUGAUCACAGAUAUGAUUUCUGUAGUAACAUUGGGAAGUGUCCUGAUGAAUACGAUUACGAAUGUCAACAGGGGGCAGGCUACUUGUACAAGGGGGAUGUGAUGAAAACGGUGGAUGGGCUAGUCUGUGACUUGAGCUUGCAAAAAACAACCACUACUCUCAACUGUUUGGAGGGAAAUGGAGUUAGCUACAUUGGAAAUGUCUCCAUUACUGAAGGUGGGUUCCAAUGCCAGGAGUGGAGCAAACAAUACCCUAGCACUCAUCCUUAUCACAGUCUGGGAGAACACAACCACUGCAGGAAUCCUAGUGGGCUAGAAGCCAGGCCGUGGUGCUACAUCACUCACCCCGACCGGUCGACCCAGUGGGACUUCUGUGAUGUUCCGGUGUGUAACGAAGACCUGAAAGAGGAACGAACCAUCACCUACCACGCAAACAGAUGUGGUAAUUCUCCACAUGAUGAUCACAUGCCAGGGGCUUGGUGUCGUAGCUCAACAAAUAAAAAAACAGUUUGCGCUGUCCGCCAGUGUUAUGAUAUGAUUCUUGAGGCACUUGAGACACUUGAGGCACUUGAGGCACUUGAGACACUUGGGGCACUUAAGGAGAUUGUCCCCCACAAAACAUGUUACCUAGGUGAUGGGGCUGACUACCGUGGCAACAUUAACAUCACAGCUGGAGGAUACACGUGUCAAAGCUGGUCCCAUCAACUCCCACACUACCACAGUCGGACUUCAUACAACUACCCCAACAGUGGUUUGGGCGACCAUAAUUUCUGCAGAAAUCCCGAUUUAGAGGCGUCACCUUGGUGUUACACAACGGAUCCUGAUCACAGAUAUGAUUUCUGUAGUAACAUUGGGAAGUGUCCUGAUGAAUACGAUUACGAAUGUCAACAGGGGGCAGGCUACUUGUACAAGGGGGAUGUGAUGAAAACGGUGGAUGGGCUAGUCUGUGACUUGAGCUUGGAAAAAACAACCACUACUCUCAACUGUUUGGAGGGAAAUGGAGUUAGCUACAUUGGAAAUGUCUCCAUUACUGAAGGUGGGUUCCAAUGCCAGGAGUGGAGCAAACAAUACCCUAGCCCUCAUCCUUAUCAUGGUCUGGGAGAACACAACCACUGCAGGAAUCCUAGUGGGCUAGAAGCCAGGCCGUGGUGCUACAUCACUCACCCCGACCAGUCGACCCAGUGGGACUUCUGUGAUGUCCCGGUGUGUAACGAAGACCUGAACGAGAAAAGAACCAUCACCUACCACGCAAACAGAUGUGGUAAUUCUCCACAUGAUGACCACAUGCCAGGGGCUUGGUGUCGUAGCUCAACAAAUAAAAAAACAGUUUGUGCUGUCCGCCAGUGUACUGAUAUGAUUCUUGAGGCACUUGAGACACUUGAGGCACUUGAGGCACUUGAGACACUUGAGGCACUCGAGGCACUCGAGACACUUGAGGCACUUGGGGCACUUAAGGGUGUUCUUGAGGACUAUUCCCUUAUGUAUAGUUAUAGUUGCAUGAGAGAUGAGGACCUAGGAGCGGAAUAUCGGGGCUCCGCAAAUACCACUCAGUCCGGUUAUGAGUGUCAACGUUGGGAUGAACAGUCCCCCCACGCCCACAACAUAUAUCUCAACCCAGGAAAGGGGAUUGGCAAACACAACUUCUGUAGGAACCCCACCGGAGAUCCUCAGCCCUGGUGUUAUACGACUGAGCCGACUGUUCGGUGGGAUUUCUGUGAUGUUCCUGUCUGCACUUAA